UUAUAUCAUCACUUCAAUUUUCAUUUUUCAGCAUAUAUCUCUAGCUAAAAUCUCAGAUACUCUCCCUAAAUUAUCAGUUUGUCAUGGCAAAAAUCCAUUCCAAAAGUGCUCUUUCACUUGCAACUCUGUCCCUGCUCUUUGCAAUCCUUUGCAUCAACUGUAUUAUUGUUGCAGUAGAUGGAGAAUUGCAAACUUUUGGUAGAGUUCUAAAUCCAACAGAUUUAGGACCCAAAAAGGAAAAACUCAGCCAUUUUCUCAUGUACAGACAUGAUAUUGUCUCCGGCCCUAAUCCUACUGCAAUCGAAGUUGCAAGUGCAUCUACAACAAGAAACUCCUCAACUUUUUUUGGAGGUGUUGUGAUGAUGGAUGAUCCGUUAACGGAAGGACCAGAAUUGAGUUCGAAACUUAUCGGGCGAGCUCAGGGGUUUUAUGCAUCAGCUGGAAUAAAUGAAUUGGCUAUGUUGGUGAACAUGAAUUUUGCUUUCAUGGUUGGUGAAUAUAACGGAAGUACUAUAAGUAUCAUGGGAAGAGAUGCGUUGCUAUCUGAAAAAGUCCAAGAGAUGCCGAUUGUUGGUGGUGCCGGAUUGUUCCGGUUUGCUCGUGGGUAUGUUCAAGUUCGGACUCAGAAAGUCAAUGUUACUAGUGGUGUGGUUUUUGAAGAAGAGAUGAAUAAUCAAAUCCAAUUAUGUUUUGGUGAUGAUAACUUAAUUCCGGAAUUGGGUUCUCUACGGAUACAUCUCUUCACACGAUUAGUGCGUGAUCAUAAAAGGACCAAGGUAUCUUAAAUAGGAUGGGACUCUGGGUCCAAAGAUGCUUUAGGUACAUGCUCUCUAUAGACCUCUCAUAAUGGAAAAAUAUAGUUUGUGGGGGUGCCUUGGUUAGCUGCUGCGAGCACCUCCAAAAGAAACAGAAGAAUUUAUUCAAGAAGAUGCAAGCUGAUCUUGCAUGCUUAAUAAACUGCAUAUUCUGAAGGGAUAUAAACGAUAUUCCUAAUUGAAAUGAGUUAGUGUUUGUACAUCUACUCUUUCUUUACCUGUAAGAUGUAAGACGAGAAUAACAAGUGGUUGCAUGCUUUGUCUUCCGGUAUUUGUAGAUAUUCGUAUCCCCUGAAUGCAAAGUUAUGUUUUAAUGACUUAGUACGUGUUCAAAUUUGUGGUGUGUCGUGGCUCAAAAACGCGUUACUCCAGUUCAUAUCACAUUUUUUUAAUUUGUUUUCUAUGGUAUGUAUUUGUUUUUGAUUAAACAUAUAGGAAUUCUAUAUUUAUUUUUUUGCAGUGGUGAUUAUCAAAGAACCGAGGUAAUUGAUUCAAUGUCCUUAUUUGAUGCUUCCAUGGGUUGAUCAAAGCCCUGCAAACGGAUCUCGGUUCGGCUUCAGGUUUGCUUUAAUUAGGUGCGACUCUUGACCACGGUAACUACAAAGUUGCAGCAGCAUCUUAUGUGCAUAAAAGUCUUUUUUCUGCUCUAAAUCUCCUAGCAGCUUACUUAGCUCCAACAACAGUACGCUUUUACUGUAAAGAGAAGGUGGUAAUUACAGAAUCCGUUGAACACGGAAGUGAAAGAAAAAGAAGAAGUGCAAAAGCACAAGAAGCAAAAAGUGGAGGCUCACGUUUGCAGUACCAUAAAGGGAAGGAGUUUACAUGGUUAAUAAAAAAUGCAUCGGGAUAGGGCGAGGCGAAGCCGAGCCACACCAAAUUAAAUCGAGAUGGGGCAUGGCGAGGCGAAACGGAAGCCGAGCUUUAGCAAAUAAAGUCGGAACGGGGCGAGACGAAGCCGAAGCCGAGCCUUACCAAACCAAACAAUGUGGUUCAAAAAAGAAGAUGCCCGAUGCGCAGCAGAAUAUUUGAAACAUGUUUCAUACUGUGUUUAGAUAUGAAUGGAAUAUGUUUGAUGCUGACGCCUUCAAUUUAUUGUUUUUAAUGUUGGUGGUGCCUCUUUAGGAGUGCAUCAAAAAUGUGUCCCUGUUUUGCAAUAUCUUCUAACCUGAGAUUUCAUAUAGGGAAUCCCUUAAUACACAGGAACAUUAUUGAUUGA